AUGAUAAUUUCUCCCGAACCGAAUGUCUCGUCGUUCAAACAGCGAAUAUUUCUAAGGUAAACGAAAAUUGGACUCGAUACGCAAUUUCAAGUGGAAGGGGAACCGAACAUUGCCGAACGAAUCAGCAAUCCGAAUGACGAAGUAUGACGAAGUUGUAUUGUCGAUCGUGCAUCGCUUCAUUUAACGUGCAACAUAACCUACCUGAUCUGUCACCACUGCUCGUAGCUUUUAUUGCUUUAUUGCUUCAUUGUUCGUUCAAUUAAUACGUGUUCAUUUAACAACUUGUCCAACGUUAUCAUAAUACUUCUGUUUGGUUAUCUGAAUCACUGGUAGCUUUUCAAGAUGUUAACUUCGGUAAUAUUUUAUUUCAAUAUAACUGGUAAUUUAGUAUUAUGUAUUUGUUAUAAUUUUCGAUUUCUUUGUAUUUCACAUGCAGUGGAUUCACAUAUAAUAUGGCGGAUUUGAAUGCAACAAUGAAAUAGCGCGAACAAGGAUAUUUUAAACAUAGUCGCCAUAUUUGAAGUUCGACAUCCGAUAAUUUCGUGAAGGUAUUAUCCGUUUUAUUAUGACAAAAAUACAUAGAUGUAUUUAUUAUUAUUUUAUUCGAUUACUAGUUAACAUUCGAGUCAAAAUUGAUAUCUAUUUCAAUGUAUAGUUAAUAUAUGAUAUUAAUUCUGCAAUCUGUUGAGAAGGUAAAUUUAUAAAAAGUUGGGGAAAUCAUUUUUUAUAUUCAGUUAGUUUUUUUAUUUCAAAUAUAUUAAAAGAAUUAUUUUAUUGUAUUUCGCAUUACUAAUAUUAUGUAUUUCGAUCUAUGUUAUAUAUUUUGAUAUAUAUAUUAUCGAUUUAUGUGUGUAUAAUGUAUGUAUAUAUAUGUGUGUAUAUAAGUUAAAGUUGAAGUUCAUUUUAUUUCAUUACAUUCGAAUUAAAAAUUAAAAUAAUUUUCACAUUGUGCUACAUAUUAAGUGAGACUACUUAUUAGUACCUUUCUAGUACUGUCACAUAACAUAACCUGCAUAUAAUCUAUAUUGUUCUCAUGAGCAGUUGGAUCCAACCGCAGAUGUGUUUCCUAGCUUGUAAAUUCCUAGUUUCAAGUUUAAAUGUGAAUUUUUCACAUUGAUGCUUUUCAAUCCUAUAUUUCAAUAGUAAAUUAAAUAAUUUAGAGUUAAAUUCUGAACUCCAACUUCUCAAAUGAUUAAAAUUUUAAAAGCAAGAUCUAAUAUUUCUUAUUCUCUCUUGUAGAUUUUUUCAAUCUACUUCUACCACGGGAUUCGAUGGUUCCUUUUUGACAAUAAGAGUCUUCAUAUUUAAGAGUGAGUUGUUUACAUUUUUAUUUCUCUGGUUAUUCACGUAGAAUGAAAGAUCUGAAUCGAUACAAAUGACCGGUUGUAUUACGUAAAAUUUUUUGCGGGCAUAGUGACUACUAGAUAUUUAUAAAUCAUAUACCUGUGAGUAGUAAUAUUUUAAUAAAAUUUGAAUAUAUUUCAUAUCAAUUUCAAACUAUUUUGAUCAAAUAUCAAGCUAUAAAGAAGUCAAAUAUCUUUUAACUUAUAUAAAAUGUCCACAUUGUAUAAAUUUAUAAAUAUUAAAUGCAAGACUAAACUUCAUUUUAGAAACUUGAUUUUAGAAUCAAAGUAACAAAUAUUCAAUAGAGUUUUUAUAUAUCCAAAAAUUUUCCUUGAUGAAAGAAUCACGCGUAGUCAAUUAUUACAUUAUGUUUGAAUCUUUUCAUGAAUGAACUUGUGCUUCAAUGAUAAAAUUUGAAUAAUUUAAGCUUGUUAGAUAAAAACAAUGAAUACGUUAAUCAUUUCUUAGCUCAAGAUUUUCAAGUGUUCAGAAGAGGACAAUUACUAAUUUCUCAUCUUCUGGAUCAUUCGGUUCGGAGUACGGGAAAUCAUUCUUGUUACUACUUUGUCGCUAUGCUCGUUUUUAGCAUUUGUAUUGUUUCUUUCUAGUCAUUACCAUGUUGG